AUAAAAUAUUUUAAAAUUUGACAAGCUUAAAAUUUAUUUCUUAUAAACUUACAAAAUUUAUUACGAAUUUUUUAGAUCCCUAAAUUAAUACGUAGCGUUAUUACUAUAACGAUUCACGACGAAAAAAGUGAAAAAGAAACCGUGGCACUUAACCGUAUUCACAGAGAUAUGGACGAAAAUAUUAUUUUAGAUGAUCUUUCCUUUGCCAAAGAGAAAAGAAAACUGGGUAUUAAACAGUUUCAUGCCAAACACUACUUGUCUGCACUAAAACUAUUCAGCGAGGCUAUUUCCAUCUGCCCGUAUGUGCCGUCGUUUUACCUCAACCGCUCAGGCACCUUUGUUAUGCUUAGCCGACAUAAAGAUGGGUUGAGAGAUGCGCACAAAGCAAUUAGCCUCGACCCAUCUUUUAAGGCAGCUUACAUACGGAUAUUAAAUAUCGACAUUGCUUUGGGAGAUACGGCUGCAGCAAUGGAGACAAUAAAAAAUUUAGUGAAUUUAGAUCCAAAAUGUGAGACUAUAAGGAGUGCUACAGAAACUGUAAAGCAUUUGGAAGAAUUGGAGAAAGGCAUAAAACUUAAUUACGAGAUCAAAGCUUACGACAAUGUAAUAUUCUAUUGCGAUCUAGCACUAUCAUCUGCUCCGGCAGCCUUAAAGUUUUAUGCCGCUAAAUGCGAAUGUCUACUAAUGCUGCAAAGAUUUAACGAGGCCGCUAGUAUCAUAGAGAAUAUUGACAGUAUCGAUGACCGCAAUGCAUAUGUCUCCUAUGUUUUUGGCCUUAACUCUUAUUGUGCUGACAGGAUUGAAGAAGCUAAGAAACACUUACUGCACUCCAUAGUCUUAGACCCGGAAUGUACAAAAUCAAAGGAACUGUGUCAUACUUGUACUGUGUUAAUUAACUGCGUGAAGAAUUAUUACAAACAGCUCGAUAAAUUGCAGUAUCAAGAAGCUUUAACUGUACUUGACAAGCUUCAUGAUGACAUUAAACUGGCUCCAAAAACUAAAUGCAGAAUAAUGAGCUUACGUGGGUAUGCAAUGCUUAAGAAAGGUGACUGGUUGGACGCCAUUGCGGUAGCUAAUAAAAUUCUUUCAGCUAAUCGUCAAUGUGUCGAAGGACUUCUAUUACUUGGUCGCUGUUAUGAAAAACUGGAAAAUUAUGUCGACGCGGUGGGAAACUAUCAAGCUGCGUUCGAUAUACGAUCAACAGUGAAGACGAAACAACGUCUCCAUCAAGCUAAGCAGAAGCUAGCUGCUUGGGAGAAAACAAGCUAUUAUGAAAUAUUAAAUAUUCAGCCCACUGCUACCCGAAAGGAAAUAAAGUCUGCUUACAAGAAAAUGGCUUUGAGUCAUCAUCCAGAUCGCCAUCCAAAUAACAGUCCCGAAAAAAUUAAAGUGGAAGAGAUGAAAUUUAGGCGCGCACAUAAGGCAUACGAAACGUUAUACGAUCCGAUGAAGAGAUGGACAUAUGAUAAAUAUGGAUAUUCUUAAGAAUAUCUAUGGUUAAUUUAAAUUAUUAUUUUUUUGUAUGAGUUUUGUUUUGUGAGUGAAAGUUAUAAUUUAGCAAUAAUGGAUAAUGUGAAAGCUGUCAAGUGUCAAAAAUAAUUUCAGUUUCCCAAAUUUUAAUAUGUACAUUAUAUAAUAUUCUGAAAAGGUCUUUUAGACUUAUAAAUCUUUGUUUGUAUACUUAAUGUGAUUAAUUAAUACAAUCACUUAACAUUGUU